GGCGGCGACAACCGGGCGAGCGGUGGCAAUGCUGUGGCCCCGGCUGGCGGCAGCCGAGUGGGCGGCGCUGGCCUGGGAGCUGCUGGGUGCCUCAGUGCUGCUGAUCGCCGUGCGCUGGCUGGUGCGGCGGCUGGACCGGCGGCCGCGGGUCCUGGGCCGGAGUGGACCUCCCGACCCGCUGCCCUGCGCGUCCGCGGCCCCAUUCCCAGAUCCAGGCCUAGGCGAAAUGACAAUGGAUACCAUCUUGGCUCGAUUGAAACUCCUGAAUCCAGAUGACCUUAGAGAAGAAAUUCUCAAAGCUGGAUUGAAAUGCGGACCCAUUACAUCAACCACAAGGUUCAUUUUCGAGAAGAAAUUGGCUCAGGCUUUAUUAGAGCACAGUACACUGCCUUCACACCCUUCUGACCAUGACGCCACGGGUGCCACCGUCCUUGGCCAGGACACACAAAGGAUUAUGAAGUCUGCGGUAGGGAGCCCAGCUGAGCAGGUCAGCUUUUCUGAGGACAGAGAUUUUGGUUAUAGUGUGGGCUUGAAUCCUCCGGAGGAAGAUGCCAUGACGUCUGAGACCUGCUCGGUGCCCUUCAGUGCCUCAGCGGGGGUCAGCAGCCACAAAGCCAUGCUGAGGGCCUCUGCAGAGCCGCCUCUGUACUAUGGGGUGUGCCCGGCAUAUGAGGACGCCCUGGCAAGAAACGAAAGGAUUCAUGUUUAUGAAGAUAAAAAGGAAGCCUUGCAAGCUGUCAAAAUGAUCAAAGGAUCUCGAUUUAAAGCUUUUACAAGCAGAGAAGAUGCUGAGAAAUUUGCUAGAGGAAUUUGUGAUUAUUUCCCUUCUCCAAGCAAAACCUCUUUACCACUUUCUCCUGUGAAAAUGACACCACUCUUUAGCAAUGGUGGGUUAAAAGAUGGGUUGUACUUGUCUGAGUCAGAAGCCGCAAACAGAGAGCGAGCGAACAGUUAUAAGAAUCCCCGGACGCAGGAUCUCACCGCCAAGCUUCGGAGAGCUGUGGAGAAGGGAGAGGAAGACACCUUUUCUGAUCUCAUCUGGAGCAACCCCCGGUAUCUGAUCGGGUCCGGGGACAACCCCACCAUCGUCCAGGAGGGCUGUCGGUACAACGUCCUGCAUGUGGCUGCCAAGGAGAACCAGGCUGCCCUAUGUCAGCUGACCCUAGAGACGCUGGAGAACCCCGAGUUCAUGCGGCUCAUGUACCCGGACGACGAGCCGCACAUGCUGGAGAAGCGCAUCUGCUAUGUGCUGGACCUGUACCUCAACACUCCCGACAGAGUGGGCUACGACACACCAUUGCAUUUUGCUUGCAAGUUUGGGAAUGCAGAUGUGGUCAAUGUGCUUUCCUCACACCCUUUGAUUGUAAAAAACCCAAGGAAUAAAUAUGAUAAAACACCUGAAGAUGUUAUUUGUGAAAGAAGCAAAAAUAAAUCCAUGGAACUAAAAGAGCGGAUUAGAGACUAUUUAAAGGGUCACUACUAUGUGCCCCUCCUGAGAGCAGAGGACACGUCUUCUCCAGUGAUCGGGGAGCUGUGGUCUUCGGACCAGACGGGUGAAGCCUCUCACAUAGGCUACAGCGGAGGUGGCCCCAGAGACCCUGUCCUGACCCUGCGAGCCUUUGCGGGGCCCCUGAGUCCGUCCAAGGCAGAAGAUUUUCGCCGACUCUGGAAAACCCCGCCUCGAGAGAAAGCAGGCUUCUUCCACAGUGUCAGGAAAUCGGAUCCAGAAAGAGGCAUUGAGAGAGUGGGAAGAGAGCUGGCUCAUGAGCUGGGGUAUCCCUGGGUCGAAUACUGGGACUUUCUGGGCUGUUUUGUUGAUCUGUCUUCCCAGGCAGGCCUGCAAAAACUAGAAGAAUAUCUCACUCAGCAGGAAGUAGGCAAAAAGCCCCAACAAGACAUGGGAGAAAACUCAGCCUGUCGCCAGGAGGACACUUCAGCCCUCGGCCGUCACAGGAAGGGCAGCAACUCCAUCUCUGUGGGGGCGUUUCUAGAUGAGGAUGAGGAUGUGAGCUUGGAAGAGAUCAAAAAUCGGCAAAACAUUGCUCGAAGCAGCACACAGCCUGCAGUCACUGCUUCCAGAGCCUCAGGGUGUAACAUCCACCCCUCCGAGCAGAAGUCAGAACUCAUAGAAGCCUCCGCCCCCACCAUUCCCCACAGCAACAAAAAUGGGUUUUGCAGCCCCCUGAGUGAGGGCAAGACCCUGGGGGGGAAGAGGCCAAAGGCCCCAGUUGGGGAGGAAGCUUUCCUGUCUCCUGUCUCUGGCUUGACUGUUGAGUUUGAUAAACUGAAUUUGCAGAAUCUAGAAAGUAGCUUUUCUAAGACACCAAAGAAAAACUCGAAAACUCAAGAGAAGAUCCUGGCAUCAGGAGUGAGUGCAGAAGGUGACGGGUCUGGACUCCCAGCUGCUGACCCUCCCGGAGAGACGCAGAUGAGGACAGAAAGCGAGAUGUCAGCUGGGAUUGCGAACUUGUACCUGGGUCCCACCAGCCCCAGGCUUGCGGCCCAGAAAAGCUGUGGUUCUGUGACUUCAGGGCCCUCGGGGGUCCAUGCCUCACAGGACCCAGUCCAGAGGCGCUUCCUGUCUGGAGAGGAACCAUCAAAACUGGAUCGGGAUGUUCUGGCAGCUCUGGAGAACGCGGACGUGGACCCUCAGCAGUACCCAGCUGUGCACAGGUGGAAGAGUGCCGUCCUGGGCUUCUCCCCCUCAGACAGACAGAGCUGGCCCAGCCCUGCGACGAAAGGGAAAUGGAAGUCUCAGCUGCUGGACCUUGGGGGCCCUCCACUCAGCAGCCCUGGGAGAAGCAGCCCCACGGUGGGCAGCCCUGUGAAGCCCGGCCCUGCGCCCCACUCUCCUGGCCUGGGCAGCCCUGGGCGCUACAGCCCUGCGAACGGGGGCCAGCUCCGCAGGAUGGCGCGCUUGGCCCAGCUCGCGACCUUGUAGAGCACAAUCGUCCUUUGGUUUUCAAAAGAAGAAAGGUAAUGUGUAACUUGCUAAAAUUUCACCGAAAAAAGAACACAUCCUGAUUAUUUUAUCAGUCCUCCUUUAGAGGAUAAGAGAAUUUUAGAAAACGCAAAAAAUAUUCUAUAUAAAUGUAAUCUUCUGAUAUUUUGGGAGAAGUUGAUGAAAGCAGACGCAGACAGAAAUGUUCUGAAAAGUGUCAACAUGGCAGUGACAACCUUAGUUAUUAGCCACCCCUCGACGCACAGGGAACACAGAGGCACCAGGCAGCCUGCUUGCCAGAAAGGCCAAGUGCGUGCCCACAUCAGCAGUACCCCCAUGGGAGCUGCGCUCAUUUCACCUCUGUUCUUAAGGCAGAGGUGAAUUUUGGGGAGUCUUGACUUUCCAGUUCAUGAUAGAAAAUCCUCUUUGCUUGCCAGUUGACCCUGUUGGUUAGAAAAGUUGACAGAUGGAUGUUGGGGAGUAAAAGAACCUUGAAUGUCUCAGACUUGCAGCAAUGCUUGUAAUCACUGAAAUUAGUCACCAGAAGAUAAAAGUAGCUUUUCUCGGAAGAAAUCUAGCCCUUGGCAGUUGUGCAAAUAGUCACACAGAACUCACUCACCAGCAGUCACUCAGAGGUGGUCUCUUUCUCACCCGCACUUGACCUCACACAGUGCCCCUUAUUUAGCUGCCCAUGCGUGGUAAUAAAGUAAUGUGUAAGUUGUUCUCUGGUUUUGAAAUGCAUCCCAUAUUUUAGCAUUCACUUCAGCUGUAUUUCCUUUACGAGAGAGCAUCACGUUUUUAGUACAGAAACUAAAGGUUUACUUUGGAGGGCGUAUCUGGUCCCAGUUGCGCUGCUCGUGAGUGUGGUCUGUCUUAGCCUUGCCCUUCCCCUUGUUUGUACUUCCUGGAGGGUCUGUGCACAGAAUCUGGGGGUCUCCAUGUGCCAAGGAUGCCUAAGAUGCUACAGCCGACUGAAGGGCUGUCUCUCCCGGGUGUUAGCAAUGCCAGCUUGCAGGAAGCUGUAAUCUGGGGACAUUUCCAGUGUCUGGUCCAAAGUGAAAACUGCCAGUGCUUCUGCUGACUUUGGUGCCUUUUGUAAAUCACUUUUGAUUCUCUUGAACUUACUUUUUGAGGCUAUCCAGCGAUAGGAAGGAGACGUGAGAUUCCUUUUUAUUCCUAAAAAUUCUGAAUUGAAACUUGUUUUAAAGCAGCUUUUCUUUCACAUGGUAACAAAGAGACAGGUCAGGAAGACUGGAACCAAGAUUUAGAGUUUAAAACUCAAAAAGUUGUUAAACAGGAUGUUUUCACUUGUUGUGUAGCAGACAACCAAUAUGUAAGACAGAAAAACAUUCUGUUCUAAAAACCAAAUGGCAUUUUAAAAAGGCAUCUGUGUUCUCAAAGCAAUCAGAAUACAGAUACAGUCAUAGCAGUGAACUGUUUUCUCUAAAAUUUGACCAUGCCGUCCUGUAUAUUGUUGUAAAUAUUCAGAUGGAAAUUAAAAUAGUGAUUUGCCCUAAUUUUGCAGACUGCUGUUCCUGUUUUCUGAAGUUUAGGCCUUCUUUGACCAUUGUUUAUAUGAGGUGGCCCCGGUUCCAGUGAAUGAAUGCAUUGUCAUGUAUCUUAUGGUGACUUUGUCUUUUUAAAAUUUAAUGAAAUAAAUUAUUUUUGAAACCACA